AUGCGUUUCCUCCCCAUCCUCCUCGGCUUCGGCGCUCUGGCUGCCGCCCGCUGCGGUACACGCCGUGUCUCUGAAGAGCAACGGUCGUACCACAAGUUCCUCCACGAGAGAGAAGCUCGCGAGGCCCAUCAGCCUGCAGCCCGCGAUGUCUUCGAUGUCGAGAUUGACACCUACAUCCACAUCGUCAACGGCAACACCACCGCAAACCACACCAAGAUCCCGCAGCGCGUGAACGACCAGAUAGCCGUGCUGAACCACCACUACGAACCCACCGGCUUCUCGUUCAAGCUCAUCAACGUCUCAUACACCUACAACGCAAGCUGGCUGGACAUCUACUCUGAAAGCGACGAGGAGCUCGACAUGAAGAGCUCUCUCCGCCGCGGUGACUUCAAGUCCGCCAACCUCUACUUCGUUGACCUGGAAGAAGACCUGCUCGGUGUCGCAACAUUUCCCACCGACAAAGGCCCCAACCAGCUCAAACUCGACGGCGUAAUGUGCGACCUGCAGACCCUCCCCGGCGGCAAAGCCCCCUACGACCUAGGCAUCACCGCCGUCCACGAAGUCGGCCACUGGCUGAACCUGCUCCACACCUUCGAGCCCAGCGAGGACGCCGAAGAAGACGACCCAACCGCCGGCUGCCGCGGCCACGGCGACUACGUCUUCGAUACCCCCGCCGAGGGAACCCAAGCCGAGGGGUGCCCUCGCUUCCGGGAUACCUGCCGCGGCCGGAAUGAGACUCUGAACUCUUUCUCUAUCCCUGGGUCUGACCCGUUCCAUAACUUUAUGGACUAUACUGAUGAUCGGUGCCUUACGGAGUUUACCCGGGGGCAGAUCGUGCGGAUGCAGAACUCGUGGGAGCAGCGCGAGCACUAUAAGCCUGGUAUUGGUGGGCGUCGCGCGAGUGCUGGGUCUGGGUGGAACAACUGA